UUACAGCAUGUCACCCCCUCCCAUAUUUUCAUACGUCCCAAUGACAACCUUUGACCUUCCUGGAAGGUUCCCGCGCUUUUUGCUUCGAGGAUGCGCAUUCCAGCUGAAGAAGACCCAGGGACGGCGGAAAUCGAGACGAGAGCUUCAUUCCGAUUUCCGUAGACCUCAGAAGUCAGUGGGGACCAAGGAGUCCAAGAAUUACUGGUACUGCAGGUUUAGAAUAGGGGCAUGAUGGCAGGGUCAACACGAUCACAGGACUUCUGCCACAAUCCACACGCAGGCUCCCUCUUGCAGGGAUUGCAGGAACUGCGGUCUGACAACCUGCUGACAGACGUCAUCCUUUGCGUCUCAGGAAGAGAGAUUCCGUGCCACCGCAAUGUCCUCGCUGCUUGCAGCGGGUACUUCCGUGCCAUGUUCUGCAACGGACACCGCGAGAGCCAGGAGCACAACGUCACCAUUCACGACGUCGGCACCAACAUCCUGCAGCUGCUUGUGGACUAUGCGUACACGUCGAAGGUCACCAUCACAGACGACAAUGCCGUGAAACUGCUGGAAGUCGCCAACUUCUUCCAGAUCCAACCGGUGCGUGAUGCUUGCGCGAAGCACAUCUCUGACAAUCUUACUGCUAAUGACUGUCUGAAGAUGGCGCACAUGGGGAGCAUGCUGUCCUGCCCAGACCUGGAGAAGAGGGCGUGGUCCUGUGCCACGAGGGAGUUCUCGGGAGUCUGCGAGACCCCGGAGUUCCUUUAUUUGACAAGGGAACAGCUCAUCAAGCUGGUCUCAUCUGAUGACCUUGGUGCCUCUGAGGAAAGCGUGUACACUGCUGUGAUGGCCUGGAUCAACCACGACAUCAGGGAGAGGAAGAAGGAGAUGAAAGACCUGCUGAGAUGGGUCAGGUUCCCCUUCAUGGAUAGACUGUACUUCUUGGAGAAUGUGGAGAGCAACGAGGCCGUACGCGAGGCUUGCCAGGACUUCUUGACGGAAGCUCGUAGGUACCACAUGUUCCCGGGAGAGGUCCAGUCUCCGCGCGCCCGUCCCCGCCGCGCCAGUGGUCUGAUGGAGAUGGUAGUGAUCAUUGGAGGAACAGAGACACGGGGAACUGGAGCUGAGGACCAUGCCGUCAUCUCAAACCACGUCAUGACAACCACAGUUGCAGCGCCAUCAGAGACGAGUUGGUCUGUUACGACGAGAAUGAAGAGGAACAACGACAGUGGUUUUGCUGUGGCUGUUCUCGGCAAAAGCGACAUUAUCGUGUCUACAGGUACCCGUUUUGCCAAGGAUGUGUGGCUGUAUCAGCCAGAACUCAACUCCUGGUCCAAACUUGCUAAGAUGAACACUAAUCGGUACAACCACAAGCUAGCAGUGGUUCAAGGGAAAGUAUAUGCCAUUGGAGGUAAAGACGACCUUUCUGCGCUAUUAAAUGUGGAGAUCUACGACAGGAACCAGAACAAGUGGACGGAGGGCAUUCCACUCCCACAGGCAAGGUACCACCACGCAGCGGCAGUGUUGGAAGGCAAGAUAUACGUGAUGGGUGGAUUUGGUGCUGAUCACGAACCAACAGCUACGAUGUACCGCUUCACCCCAGGUGACUCGCAGUGGAGGGAAAUGGAGCACAUGCCUCAACCAGGAGGUCGUCUCAACGCUGCAGUUCUCUUUGGCAGCAUCUAUGUUGCUGGGCUUGGUGAAGGCUUGAUGUGUAAGUGGAACCAGUGGGAGUGGAACCCCUGGAAUUGGAUGAGGUGGCCUGUCCCAUUCGAGUGCGGGAUAACCACGUACCAGGGGAAGAUUUACAUCACGGGAGGCCACAGUGGCGAUAGCAGGGGAGACAAACAGAUCUGGUGCUAUGAUCCAGAAUUCGAGUCAUUCAAGUCUGGCUUGCAGGAACUGCGGUCUGACAACCUGCUGACAGACGUCAUCCUCUGCGUCUCCGGUAGAGAGAUCCCGUGCCACCGCAAUGUCCUCGCUGCUUGCAGCGGGUACUUCCGUGCCAUGUUCUGCAACGGACAUCGCGAGAGCCAGGAGCACAAGGUCACCAUUCACGACGUCGGCACCAACAUCCUGCAGCUACUUGUGGACUAUGCGUACACGUCGAAGGUCACCAUCACAGACGACAAUGCAGUGAAACUGCUGGAAGGCGCCAACUUCUUCCAGAUCCAACCGGUGCGUGAUGCUUGCGUGAAGUUCAUCUCUGGUAAUCUUAGCUCUAAGAACUGUCUGCAGAUGGUGCGCAUGGGGAGCAUGUUGUCCUGCCCCGACCUGGAGAAGAGGGCGUGGUCCUUUGUCACAAGGGAGUUCUCGGCAGUUUGUGGGACACGGGAGUUGCUUUAUUUGACAAGAGAACAGCUCAUCAAGCUGGUCUCAUCUGAUGACCUUGGUGCCUCUGAGGAAAGCGUGUACACUGCCGUGAUGGCCUGGAUCAACCACGACGUCAGGAAGAGGAAGACGGAGAUGAAAGACCUGCUGAGAUGGGUCAGGUUCCCUUUCAUGGACAGGCUGUACUUCAUGGAGAAUGUGGAGAGCAAUGAAGCAGUACGCAAGGCUUGCCAGGAUUUCUUGACGGAAGCUCGUAGGUACCACAUGUUCCCAGGAGAGGUCCAGUCGCCUCGCACCCGUCCCCGCCGCACCAGUGGUCUGAAGGAGACAUUAGUGGUCAUUGGAGGAACAGAGAAACGGUCAACUACCCCCGACGACCCUACAGUCUUCUCAAACGCCGUCAUGACAACCAUGGUUGCAGCACCAUCAGAGACGAGUUGGUCUGUUACCACGAGAAUGAAGAGGAACAACGACAGUGGUUUUGCUGUGGCUGUUCUCGGCAAAAGCGACAUCAUCGUGUCUACAGGCACCAGUUUUGCCCAGGAAGUGUGGCUGUACCAUCCAGAACUCAACUCCUGGUCCAAACUUGCUAAGAUGAACACCAAUCGGUACAACCACAAGCUAGUAGUGGUUCAAGGGAAAGUAUACGCCAUUGGAGGCAAAGACGACCUUUCUGCGCUAUCAGAUGUGGAGAUCUACGACAGGAACCAGAACAGGUGGACGACGGGGAUUCCACUCCCACAGCCAAGGUACCACCAUGCAGCGGUAGUGUUGGACGGCAGGAUAUACGUGAUGGGUGGAUUUGAUGCUGAUCACAGACGAACAUCUACAAUGUACUGCUUCACCCCAGGUGACUCAAAGUGGAAGGAGGAGUACUUGCCUCAACCAGGAGGUCGUCUCAACGCUGCAGUUCUCAUGGGCAGCAUCUAUGUUGCUGGGCUUUAUGAAGGCUUUAUGGGUAAGUGGAACCAGUGGGAGUCCUGGCAUUGGAUGAAGUGGCCCGCACGUGUCCCAUUUGAGUGCGGGUUAACCACGUACCGGGGGAAGAUUUACAUCACGGGCGGCCACAGUGGCGACAGCAGGGGAGGCAAACAGAUCUGGUGCUAUGAUCCAGAAUUCAAGUCAUUCAAGUCUGCAGGAAACUUGCAGAAGGGUCUGUAUGGCCAUACCUGCGUCACCAUACUGAAGUGUUGCUGAUUAGAAAGUUGAUGAUGAUUGCAUAAAGUUGACUGUUCUGUACUGGACUGUACAAAGCUACCAAUCAUGCUAUGGUGCUGCAUAUGAAAGUAGCUGUGAAACUGUAGGGGCCCAUACUGUAUCAAAGAUAAGGUGCCUUGUCAACUUUUCUACAUGACUUCAACAAGGAAGAAAGAUAUUGAGAGAUAAGAAUAUGCAGGAUCCGAGGACCAGAGAAGUGACAGAACAUAACUGGAAACCCUGUUUUGUCAUAUCUCGUA